AUGGCCGCAUCAUCAGAGUCCGCCUCGCCCGAGAGGUCCAAACGACGCCUCUCACCUCCACCUACAGGCGCAAAGAGACAUCGGCCAGACGAUGGAGCCGACGGAGCCGAUGUCGACUGGGGAAAGGAGUCGAUGUCCCAACCCCGCCGGACGCCUUUGCAUCCGCAGGGCGCAUCCACCUCCUCUUCCCAUUCCUCCCUUCCCUACCCGCUCACUACUUCUCCUAGUAGUAGCGGGUCGGAGGACCCUGCCACCGUCAAUCUCUCCCGUCGGCGCAUCUCUCGGUCCAGGCAGAUGCCCGACGUCCCUCCUUCCUCCGUCCCAGGAGCUGAACCAGACCGCCGCUUCUCGGGCCCACGAUGGACGACCGCCCAGUCCUCAUCAAACUCGUCCAGCUCCUCUUCGCACCCACGCCCACCGCCAGUCACCGACGGCGUCAGCGGGGACGACCGACCUCGCAGUCCUCCUACUCGUCUCACCCUCUCCACAGGCCAGCCACUCGUCAAUCCACCGCUAAAGACCCAAGCGGCAUUCGUCGGAAAGCUCUUCUCGAUGCUUGAGGACGAAGAGAUCGGCAAGACUGGUCUAAUACACUGGUCCAGCGGUGGAUCUACCUUUACAUGUCCUAAUCCUACCGAGUUUGCUAAAACCGUCCUUCCCCGAUUCUUCAAACACAACAAUUGGCAGUCCUUCGUACGCCAACUGAACAUGUACUCGUUCAAUAAGGUGAAUGACCUAUACGCAACCUCUGACCCCCUCGCGUGGGAGUUUCGGCACCCUCUCUUCCGACAAGGCGAGUCUCACCUUCUUGCAUCCAUCAAGCGCAAGACCACCCGUGCCACUCCCGCUGAAGCCCUCUCGCCCACGGACGAGAUGGUCGAUGCCCGUCCCGUCGCCGGGUGGAUGAGAGAUGAUGGCUUCUCGGGUGGUCCAUCCUCUCCUCCUCGGUCUAUCGCUACCGCCCCACCCGUCCCGCGCUCCGAGGUGUUCGGGUACAACAUGAUGACGGGCGAGACUAUCCAGUCUAGGCCAUAUGAUCCGGCAUAUCGCGGUCUUCAACCCGCCCCGACCAACCGCGGUCCAGGCGGAAAGUUCGCGUCGGAUCUGGCUAGCUUCAACGAGGUGCGCUCGUCCUCCGGCCAUCCACCCCAGCAUCCGGCGGCGCAGGAUCGUCCAUCUCGAGCACAAUCGCAGCGAUACCACCAGGUCCCCGACUUCCCACCCGCCUCCGCCCACUCGGACCGCUCCACCCUCAACGUCAAGCCCCAUCUCGACGUCGGUCCCGGCGCGUACCCCGACUCUGGCCAGUAUCCCCAGCCGAGCAUCCCCAGUCCUUCUCCCAUAAUGGCCCUUACAAGCCAAGUCGCAUCCCUGGAAGAACGGAUCGGCAGGCUAAGCGAUGCCCUCUCGGUCGAAAGGGUCGAGAACACCCGGACUCAAAUGGAGAUGCUGUCGUAUAUCGCCAGUAUGGCUCUGUGGUUGCCAGAUGCGCCAGCUCGCGAGAUCUCGGCCCUGCGCGAUAGCCUCGAUCGCCAAACCUCCGAGCUCAAGCAAAAGUAUGACGCUCUCAUUGCCGUCGAUACGCUUGCGCAGCUGGCGAGUGGGCAUGCGGGACAAGGUGGGGGUGGCGAGUACAGAGGCAAUGUCUCAGAUCGAAGACCGCCACAUGAAGCCGAUAAUUAUUCUUCACACCGACCGCCAUCCGGUCAGCCGGGUAUGACCAGUUCUUACCUCCCUCCACCGACUCGCUCGUAUCCCGAUCAACAGCAUCCGCAGGCGCAUUCACAGCACCGGCCUACCCCUCGCACAUCGCCGAUCAACCAUACCCAUCCCAUUCUUUCACGGCGUCCGAGCAUCACCAGCUCAACCACUCUCCCGCAAAUUCCCCAGAUGCCGAGCGGUGCCAUCCUCCCCGUCCCCAAGACCUCCGAGCGCCCCGCCACGUCCUCGAACGCCCUCGUGUCUUUCGACCAGCCCCCCUUCUCCCGCUCCCCGCUUAUGCACCGUCCAGCUAGCACCCCGCACAUCCCCCAGAUCGCCGCUCCUGCAGUCCAGCAAGCACGACGGGCGAGUGCCGUCCCUUCCUCAGGAGCACAGCCAGGUCUAGGCCAGGCGGAUGGGGAAGCAAAGAGGUUGGGGGCGAGCUGGGACAGAGAAGAGGAUGAGAGAAUGGAUGGGAAAGGGAGGACUCCGUCUGUACCGGGGAUAAGAGAUCUGUUGAACUGA